AUGGGCGCCAACCAAUCAAACGCUGAAGAGCUGUCACGUGACCAAUCGUGGGCAGGUAACUCGCAGAACAAGGGGCACAACUCGUCUGGAAGUGCCUAUAACUAUAACCAAGGAAUGUUGGACAAGAACAAGAAAAGCAAAGCCAAACCGAAUCCGCCAAUCAGGAUCAAGUUCCUGGAUGUGACCCACAAUGCCAUCAAAUUGACCUGGCAUGCUCCGCUGGGACCUGAAGGACACAGUAUUAUUGCGUAUACAGUAGAGAUGGCCACCAUCUGCCCCGGACGAGACAGCCUUUGGAGGAUACUUUCCACGUGCUGCCAGGGGACAACAUACGAAGCUCGUUACCUUGAACCUGACACAGAUUAUGUGUUUAGGGUGAGGUCUGAGAAUAUCUAUGGGGUCGGAAAGCCCAGCCACCCCUCAGAUAUCUGCACGACAAAAAUGUACGAAACUUUCCCUGCCGACUUACGUCCUCCUGGUGUUUCACAUAAUUCCCUAAUCGAAUCUGGCUCGUUUGCUAAGCGACAUUACAGUUUUAAUAUGCACAUAGGAAAAGGCGUCAAGUCUAUUCUAAAUCAUUCAGAAAUAGACAUAGAAUCAAGACUGUCGUCCAAUUCUUCAUUUGGUUCAACCUCAGACACGCUCAAAAAACCUCACACGUUUUUGAGGAGUAACAUUCAUCGUACAUCUCUGCCAACCAACAGAAAAAUUUCAGCUCCCCUCUUACUACCUGGGACAAGAAACAAUUCUUUAAAUCGCCUACGAGAAUCUCGUAAAUGUUCAAAGACAGAAACUUCAGAUAUCAAACUCAGAACAUCUAUCAGAGAUUCUGGUAUUAGUGGACUUCAAGAGUCUCUCACAGUGUUUGAUUCUAGUUCUGUAAACAGCCAGUUUUCAGAAGAGCACGGGGAUGAAAAAAACCAUGAUUUUAUUAGAAGUCAUAGAUUGCCGGUUCACUCUCAUACUUUGUGUGCCAAAUCCAUUGAUGGCGACAGUGGGAAGGGCUCUAAAAGUAGCCUGUGUGAUUCCAUGAAGAUCAGUGACAGUCAGAGUAUCAUUGACAGCACAGAUUCUGAAAUUACUGUCAGUGAUAGGAAAUCAGUAGCAGUUAACAGCAGCACGGACAGCUGUGAAAACAUUGACAUGUUGAGUGACAUUGAUGAAAAUGUGGACAUUUAUAAAACCAGUUCUUUGGUUCACUUUAAAAACGCUGAUAUUUAUCAAAAAAAUCCUGUGGGUGAAAUUGAUGAACAUACUCCUGUUUGCAAAUCGCCAGAAAAACUAAACAAAGUAUAUUUUAAUGACCAAAACCUCGUGAAAAACCCCCCAUGUGAUAGUAAUAUUCAGUCGGCUGAUGCAGUUUUCACUCGGGAUUCCCAGAAACAAGAGUACUAUGAUACUCUUGACAACCCCUGGCAAAAAGACACACCAGUCACUGAUACUGGGAACCAGAUUCUGACUGCACCGGUCAGUGAUGAUGUGAAGAUGGCGCUGUACAACAAAAAUCCCAGAAACCAACGCUUCACAACUGGCAGAGGUCGCUGUAUUAGUGGACUUGCCACAAAAGAAGAAACUGAUUUUCGGAAAUUGAAGAGUGUUCUGCAGUCAAGCAAUGUGAUUAUGAAGACUUCUCGGUCUUUACCUGAUGUGGUAGCAAUCGUAACUGUGAAUGGGAAAACUAAGACUGUAAUCAAAGGAAAACUAACCACUAUCUUGAAUAGUGGUGCUAAUGAAGAUGAUGAUGAUGCAGUGAGAAUCACCACAUUGUAA